AUGUCCAGACUCAGAAGAUUCAACAGGAGUGUGCUGGACAAAGUCAACGGGAAUGACGGUGACGACAGUGGCAUACUUAUGCACCCACUAGAUGAGGAAGAACAGGAAGAAUAUGUCAGCGACUUGGAGCUUCGAAAUAAUUCGAGCAAUAACCAAGCUGUCCAAAUCCUGAGCGUAGCGUUUGUGGUCUGUUGCGGUGUGUUCCUUUCACUUCUAAUGAAGGUGAGGAAGCUGGAUGGUGACACCAUGACUUACAAACGGCUACUUCUGUUUUCCAUCAAUUCCACCAUUUGUUCACUGAUCACCUUGAGAUACGAUAUAAUCAAAGACUUCAAAGUAUCCCGGUCCAUAAGCGUCAGAAUCACCACCCGGAGGAUUGACGCCGUGAACUGCAUACUGCUGCUGCUGAUAUCGUGGGAAGUUUCCGAGAAAGUCGACAAAUACAGCUUGGGAGUCCUUCUCCAUGUUCCCUUGAUGCUCUUUGGCGUCUCACAGGUCAGCAAAAGAUGGAUGGACCAGCUGGACAAUGAGAUCAGCAGUCUGCGUGGUUUGAAGUAUAAGUACAAGAAUGUUUGA